GCGUGUAAUAUCGAACGAACGAUUCCAGCGAUAACACGCAAUAUGUUAUGAGAACAUGAAAAUCAUAGAACACUAUUCAUAUCAGCAUCAGUAACAUUUUCCGCAUCGUUCAAUAUAAAAACGUUAGGAUCCGCUUUUUGCCAUUUUAUUUUUUCAACAUUAAAUAUUGUUAAUUAGCAUCCUGAGUCUCUCGUAUAAUGGGGAACGCAGACACAAAACUUAAUUUCCGUAAAGCAGUCGUGCAACUGACGUCAAAGACCCAGGUGAUAGAUGCAUCGGAUGAUGUGUUUUGGGACCAAUUUUGGUCAGAAAAUGUAUCCAGUGUUCAAGACAUUUUCACUCUCAUACCAGCACCGGAAAUCCGAAUACUAAGAGAAGAGGCACCGUCAAAUUUGGCAACGCUCUGUUACAAGGCAGUAGAAAAAUUGGUCAAAGCAGUGGACAGCAGUUGCAGAACUCAGCAAGAGCAUCAGACAGUUUUAAACUGCUGUAGAUUGCUGACUAGACUUUUGCCUUACAUUUUUGAGGACCCUGAUUGGAAGGGCUUUUUCUGGUCCAGUUUACCUGGCAAAGAAGAACAUGACGAAAGCGUUCCACUUGCCCAUUCGCUUCUCAAUGCACUCUGUGAUCUCCUGUUUUGUCCAGACUUCACAGUUGCAGCAAAUAGAAAAUCUGGGCCGGAAAAGGCUGAGGAAUUGCAAUCAAUCGACAGUUGUGAAUACAUUUGGGAGGCUGGUGUCGGCUUUGCUCAUUCACCACCCCGAAAUCCCACUCUCGAUUCUAAUCGUACUGAAUUGUUGAAACUUCUUCUCACUUGCUUCAGCGAAACGAUGUACAAUCCACCAAGUGAUCUUACUGUUACGCCUAAUCGCUGGAUCCAACAUCUUACUAGUGCUGAAAAUCGACACGCUCUACCAAUGUUUACAUCUCUACUGAACACGGUUUGUGCGUACAAUCCAGUGGGUUUUGGGAUUCCAUACAAUCAUCUUCUGUUCACGGAUUCUCUAGAGCCUCUCGUCGAUGUUUCGUUACAAAUUUUAAUCGUAACUUUGGAUCAUGACACAAGCGGAGGCACAGCAGCUACGACAGAGGAGGGCACAGUCGGAGAUAAUCUUUUCAUAAAUUAUCUCAGUCGUAUUCAUAGAGAUGAAGACUUCCAGUUUGUACUGAAAGGAAUCACGGGAUUGUUGAACAAUCCCAUGAUGCAAACUUACUUACCUAAUUCAACGAAGAAAGUACACUUUCAUCAAGAGCUUCUUGUAUUUUUCUGGAAAAUGUGUGACUACAACAAAAAAUUUUUGUACUAUGUACUCAAAAGUUCUGAUGUUCUUGACGUUCUGGUACCCAUUUUGUACCAUCUCAACGACUCCAGAGCUGAUCAAUCAAGAGUUGGCUUGAUGCACAUUGGCGUUUUUAUCCUGCUUUUAUUGAGUGGAGAACGUAAUUUUGGUGUGCGAUUGAAUAAACCGUACACAGCUACGGUGCCGAUGGAUAUUCCAGUAUUUACAGGAACUCACGCUGAUCUUUUAGUCACUGUUUUCCACAAGAUCAUAACGACUGGGCACCAAAGAUUGCAGCCACUUUUCGAUUGUCUAUUGACAAUAUUGGUGAAUGUUUCUCCUUAUCUAAAGACACUGUCGAUGGUUGCGAGCACAAAAUUGCUUCACUUGCUCGAGGCAUUUAGCACUCCGUGGUUUUUAUUCUCCGCCCCUACAAAUCAUCAUCUCGUCUUUUUCCUACUUGAAAUUUUCAACAAUAUAAUACAAUAUCAAUUCGACGGGAAUAGCAAUUUGGUGUAUACGAUUAUAAGGAAACGCCAAGUUUUCCACGCUCUGGCAAAUUUGCCGAGCGAUUGCGGAACGAUUGCAAAAUCAUUGAGCAAACGACAACGCAGACCAGUGCCAUCGACGAGCACUUCGACCGAAAAUGUGCGGGAAGCUGCAAUGGAAGGUUCGCGACCAGCACAGCCAGCAGAGCCUGGAACACUUAAAGCGACGCUCCUUGAAACACCAGGUAUUGAAAAAAUGACGGAGAAAGAAUCCGCUCAUCCUUUGAGUCCUUCCGUCGAAGUGGAAGUCGGUCAAACCAUUACCGACAAUGGCCAUGAAGAUGAGAAUCCUCCAGAAAAAACUGCCUCAACGUCGGAUUCCCCUCCUGUUGCGUCGAAGCAAAAGACCAUAGUGCCCAAAGGAGGAAUUCGAGUUGGCGAUCAAAUCAAUCAAGUUGUCCCUAACCAAUGGGUCCCAUCCGGGGAUUGGGUUUAUCAAUGGAAAUCGAAGCUUCCAUUGCAGACGAUCAUGAGACUGUUGCAAGUGUUGGUGCCUCAGGUUGAGAAAAUAUGCAUUGACAAGGGAUUGACCGACGAGAGCGAAAUAUUGAAAUUUUUGCAGCACGGUACACUAGUAGGUUUGUUGCCAGUACCACAUCCAAUAUUGAUAAGAAGAUAUCAAGCGAAUGCUGGCACAACAGCUUGGUUCCGUACUUACAUGUGGGGAGUUAUUUAUUUGCGAAACGUUGAGCCACCAAUUUGGUACGACACAGACGUAAAGCUCUUUGAGAUCCAGCGAGUUUGAGCUCGAGCUUUAACCGAUUCUUUUAAUAGCGUGUAAAUGUUUUUACUGUUUGAAAGUUGUGGAAAAAUUGAGUAAGCAAAUAUGUGCAAUAAGACAAGAAAUUAUACGAUAAAGGAAUCUCUGCGAAACGUGUAGAAAAAUAGAGAGAAGAGGAAACAAAAUAAUGCACGAUCAAAUGAGCAUGGCUGGUCGUGUAUAAUUAUAAAAAGAAACGACGUUGAAGACUUUUAUUAGCUGGAGCGUUUUCUCUGUACAGUUUCGCGCGUAAAAUUAAUCGAUUUUUUUCGCUUAUAUCCGUUUACAUAUCGUGUUUCGUUCGUUCAUUCGUUUGUCCUCUAUGAAUUAUUAACGUGCGUCAUCGAUUAUUGUAAUACACAUGGUAUACUUAUUCUCUAAAUUUA